CUUACGCAGUCAUGAUGACUUAACACUUUCAUAGUAGAACGGUUUAGCUCUAAAUCAGAGUAUUUGCAUUGUCUUCGACGGUUAACACCACCCUGCACUGUUAUUUGUGUAAACAUGGAUAUAUUUUUGAAUAUAAUGUGACGAAACUGUAACACCAGUCAGAACACGAACGCUGACUCGUCGCCGUCCUUAAACCGUUUCUCCCGUUAGCUUAAAUACCGGUCAUGUGGGUCUUCGGCUACGGCUCUCUGAUAUGGAAAGUUGACUUUCCUUUCGAGGAGAAGAAAGUGGGCUACAUUAAAGGCUUCAGUCGUCGGUUCUGGCAGGGAAGCACCGACCACCGUGGAGUACCGGGGAAACCUGGCCGUGUUGUAACACUGGUGGAGGAUCCUGAGGCAUGUGUUUGGGGUGUUGCCUAUAAGCUGCCUACAGGCCAAGAGCAAGAAGUAAAGAACUACCUUGACCACCGAGAAAAAGGUGGUUACCAGGUCAUCACAGUGACAUUUCACCCCCGUCCACCUCUUGAAGCGCCCCCUGACCAGACGCUGCUCUACAUCGGCUCUCAAGACAAUCCGGACUACCUUGGUCCCGCCCCACUGGAGGAGAUAGCCAAGCAGAUCGUGAACUCUGCGGGUAAAAGUGGGCAAAAUUCAGAAUACCUUUUUCAGCUGGCUGAUGCUGUGAGGACAGUUUUGCCUGAGGACUCAGACAAUCACCUGUUUUCUCUGGAAGCUUUAGUGAGAAAAAGACUACAAAAUGGGCAGAAACACACAAUCAAACAAUGACCAAACCAAUCUGUUUUGAUUAACGAUAUAGACAGCUGGAUUGGGAAAAUAAUCUCAGGGUUUAAGAUACACAUGGGCCAAAUGAGGAUGUUUGUGGGGCUCAGAAAAUAUGUACACAGUCUUGUCUUCAUACACUGUAAAGAAAAUAUGAUAACACUGCAAGUAAUGUAAUAGCUUAAACUGAAAGAUGUUUCAAAAUGAGGCCCCCCAUUCAUAAUAUCUAAUAAAGGUCAAAUGUUCUA